CCCCUGAGAGGUUCCGUGCCCCUGGUCCAGCCGCUUGUUUGGCUGCUGCCGUCACCUCAUGGCGACUCGGCUUGAGGAGGCAACGCCGGGAAGAGGCGGCGGUACUGAGGAGGCUGCUGAGGGCGGACGGGGCGGACGGCGACGCAGCCCCCCGCAGAAGUUUGAAAUUGGCACAAUGGAAGAAGCUAGAAUUCAUGGGUUAGGAGUGAAAGCAGACAUGGUAUGUAACUCUCAAGCAAAUGAUAUUCUUCAACAUCAAGACUCCAGUUGUCGUGGCACAACUAAGAAGCACUCACUGGAAGGGGAUGAAGGCAGUGACUUUAUAACAAAGAACAGAAAUUUGGUGAGCUCAGUAUUUUGUACGCAGGAGACAAGAGAAGAAAUUCCUGGACGAGAAGCUCGAACAGGUCCUCCUGAUGGCCAGCAAGAUUCAGAGUGCAGCAGGAACAAAGAGAAGACCUUAGGAAAAGAAGUUUUAUUACUGAUGCAAGCGCUAAACACCCUUUCAACCCCAGAGGAGAAGCUGGCAGCUCUCUGUAAGAAAUAUGCUGAUCUUCUGGAGGAAAGCAGGAAUGUUCAGAAACAAAUGAAGAUUCUGCAAAAGAAGCAAGCCCAGAUCGUGAAAGAGAAAGUUCACCUUCAGAGUGAACACAGCAAGGCCAUCUUGGCAAGAAGCAAACUGGAGUCUCUUUGCAGGGAACUUCAGCGUCAUAAUAAGACCUUAAAGGAGGAAAAUCUGCAGCAGGCACGGGAGGAGGAAGAACGACGGAAAGAAGCCACAGCACAUUUCCAGAUAACUCUAAAUGAAAUCCAAGCUCAGUUGGAACAGCAUGAUAUACACAAUGCCAAACUGCGACAGGAGAACAUUGAACUGGGAGAGAAGCUGAAGAAGCUUAUUGAGCAGUAUGCACUAAGGGAAGAGCAUAUUGAUAAAGUAUUCAAACACAAGGAAUUGCAACAACAGCUUGUGGAUGCCAAACUUCAGCAAACAACACAGCUGAUAAAAGAAGCUGAUGAAAAACAUCAGAGAGAGAGAGAGUUUUUAUUAAAAGAAGCAACAGAAUCCAGGCACAAAUAUGAACAAAUGAAACAGCAAGAAGUACAACUAAAACAGCAGCUUUCUCUUUAUAUGGAUAAAUUUGAAGAAUUCCAGACUACUAUGGCAAAAAGCAAUGAACUUUUUACAACCUUCAGGCAGGAAAUGGAAAAGAUGACAAAGAAAAUUAAAAAACUGGAAAAAGAAACAAUAAUAUGGCGUACCAAAUGGGAAAACAAUAAUAAAGCACUUCUGCAGAUGGCCGAAGAGAAAACUGUCCGUGAUAAAGAGUACAAGGCCUUUCAAAUAAAACUGGAACGGUUAGAGAAGCUGUGCAGGGCUCUUCAGACAGAGAGAAAUGAGCUCAACGAGAAGGUCGAAGUCCUGAAAGAGCAGGUCUCUAUCAAAGCAGAUGGGGACUUGGUGUCAACUGCAACACAGCCCUGUGCUGUCCUGGAUUCCUCCAAAGAGACAAACACUUCAAGAGCCCUGGGAAUGCACUUGGAGGCUAGGGCCAAGUCAGUGAGUGCUGCACAAAAGCCUUCAUCUUCAGGUUCUGCUGCUCAAGGCAUUGAGUCAGUUGACUAGGGUGAAGUAUGGUUACUGUAUUGAGAGAUAUAUUUUGUGUAUAACUUCCUCUGUUAGUAGUAACUAUUGGUUUUGUGGUGAAAAUUUUCUUACUUUUUCUACCAUAUCUGUAUUUUCUUAGAACUACUGGACUUAUGUGGUACAGGAGGCUGCUUAGCAGUUUGGAAUAGUUUUACUCUAUGAAUUUCCCUCAACUAUGUUGCACAUCUGCCUCAUUUUCCCUCAUUAUUGGAGUGCAUGCCAUCUUUGUUUUCUCUUCCUGCUCCUUGCACAUUUUUGUAACAAGGCCAUUAGAGGAAUUAUAUUCUCCUGAUGAUUCCUUGAUAUGAAAACAAUGUUAAGUAUCUUAUCCCAUUAAUAUUAGAGUCAAAGGAAAAUACUGUUAAUAACCCACUUAAAUAUAGGGGAUUGGGGGAACUGGUAGAAACAAGCUUGGGAUUUUUCAUUUGAACCAGCUUUUCUUGAUUCACUUGAGAAAUUAAAAUAACCACAUAACAUUAAAUUCUGACAAAACAUAUAAAGAUACUACUUGUCAACUAGUUCUAACAGCAGAUUUGAGGAUAUAAUGUACAACACACAAAAUCUGGACUAUCUGAUGACUGUAGAGGACGGUGGUUAAUUCUCCAGUUCCCAUAAAAAGGUGAUUAUUCCUUGAAAACUGCUUUCUUGCAUACAUUUUUGGCUUUGUAUAUUUCGGUGUGGCAAGCACUUGCCUAUCAUAAGAGGUCCUGGGUUGACAGUUUUCAUCAGCAAAGAAUACUAGUUAUUUUGUUUCCUAAUAGAGAAUCUGAAUUAUAGAUCGGCACAUUUAAUUUCCAAAGUAAAAACACUGGAACCAACUUUUUUUUUUUUUACUCUUGGGAAAACUUGGCAGAUUGUUUACAUAGUCAAAAAGUCAUCUAGCUUUCUAGUCUGUUUCUCCUUUCUCACUUAAAACAACAAAAACCAGUAUUAUUGUUUCUACACUUUGAAUUGGGAAAUUUAAAAAUUAAGCAUAUAAGAAGUUUUAGUUGUGGCUCAGCCAUGGAAAUUGCUAGGUAUUUAUUAUCUCUGGUAUAAUUUACAUGGAGAUGCUUUAAGUCAAUUUUUUAAAGGUUCAAGUAAAGCUGUUGCACCAUAUUCUACUGAGCAAAGCUAUCAGACUGACACUUGUUUAAUUAGACUAAAUUAAAUUCCAUUUCUCUUUGCUAAAAAUUUUAUUUGUAAACUCCUGGCACAUUUAUGGUUGAAACUAGGUUCAAAGACUUGAAAAGUCCAAAGACAGAAAACAGUACCUGGAGUAGACAAUUAUCUUUCUAAACUUUGGUGAUAUUAAUCAAGGGGUCAGAAAGUAGAAGAUAAAUUCAUAAAGUAGGUUGUAAUCUUAUUACUGUCAAAGUGAAGUCAGAAACAACAAAAAUACCUUUCAAUAGCCUCUUUAUAAAUACCCUCCCGCCUUCAGCUACUAAAUGAAAUACUGGACUUAUUUCCCAUGAAUAUGUAUCAAAAAUAUAAUCUACUUUGAAAUUAUUACUAAUGAUCACAUUUCAUAAGUCUGCUGGAUACACAGCUCUUAACAUUUUAUUAAGCCAUGUGUGUAGCCUGCCACAUUUGUGGUGCUUGUCCUGUGUGGAAGACUGUAAAUCUUCAACCUGUUGCAUAUUUUCAAGGGCUUUAUAAAGCAAUGUGAUUAAUAGUCCUGGCCUGCUGCUUUCGGCUUACAUGCAUUUUUAGCUAGAUCUUUAGAGGAUAGAAGAUUCUGUAUGAGAUAUAUGCAGAAUCUCUCCUCCAUUACCCUGUGAAUAAAAACAGAUGGGACCUCAAAGAAGGAUACCCUCCCUUAAAGUGAUCACCUCACCAGCCCAGUGUUGUGGCUUUGUAGCACGCCCUGUAUUUACCAUAUUCUAGAACACUGUAAUGCUAUUAUGCUGGCCCAGAAAAGGUAAAUGUUGAAUUCACUUACUGCAUACGGUGCACUACCAUGCAAUCUUUAUGUAUAUUUUUAGUGGCAGUAGACCCCAAAAUGUAGCGAAAACUUGGGUCUUGGGUAUCAGGCCAUUUCAUCCUCAGACUUGUAGACGGUCUUGAGACCUGUAUUUUUAGUUAUGUGUGCAACUGCCUUUAUCACACACCUGGCUAUCACAAUUCAAUUCUCAGGUGUUGCUGAAAAAAAAAAUCUACCUCUUUCAGACUGUAGAUGGAAAUAACUGUGAAAAAAUGAUGCAGAUAUCUUCUAGUUUGUGCUAAACACACUGCUUUAUUUUUACAGCCCACGUCUUUCAUGAGGAUAUGAAUUGUUAAGAGGCAGUCUUGUUUUGCUUUUCAAAGACAUUUUGUAGAGAUUUUUCACUAACGUGAAUCUGAUUUUAUCUACUCAAUUCUGUAGAGAUUAAGUAAAUAUGUAUGAUGAAAUUAA